AUGUGGCAGCAUCUCGGCCCUUUCAGUCUCGAGGACCAGACGCGCAAGCUCGAGCUACUAAGCCAGCACACCACGCCCAUCUCGUCUGACAACGCGACGGCCCCAUCUCGCGGAGCUCGUCCCCAAGCUGCCAAACCAGCGAGCGCGUCGCCUGCUCAUGGCUAUAGUAACGGCACGAACUCGCCGCCCUCUGACGUCUUGCCUCCGAUAGUCAACAACAGCAGCUCCAACAACAACACCGACCCCGAAGCGCACAUCCACCCCGAUCUUCGAGCCGCUCGCAACGUCCACGCGCCAGCCGUGAACAUGAUGCCUGCUGGCCCUCCCCCGCCUCAGCAAGCCGCUCCUCCCGUCACCGCUGCCGGCCCGUCGACCGCCCCUCCACCUCCUCCGACCCAUCCCGCCUCGACUGCCAUGGCGCUGGACGACGGUGGAGCCGGUAGCAAGGCGAAGCGCGAGCUCUCGCAGUCGAAGCGCGCCGCACAAAACAGAGCUGCCCAGCGAGCCUUCCGCCAGCGCAAGGAGCAUUACAUCAAGAAGCUGGAGCAGCAGGUCCGCGACUAUAUGGAGAUGGAGCAGAGCUACAAGGCGAUGCAGUCUGAGAACUACGCCCUUCGCGAAUACGUCAUCCACCUGCAGUCGAGGUUGCUGGACGCCCAGGGCGAGAUCCCGCAGCCGCCUCCCAACGUCAACCUCGCGCAGCCCCCCAUGCCGCCCGCCUCCGCCGCGACGAGCGCCCCCGAGGUCGCGCCCAGCAAUCCGGCCGCCGGCACGCCGCUCGAGGCCGUCGCGCAGGCCGUCGCAGGACUGGCCGCCCAGGAGCAGCUCGCGGGACGCCAGCAGUUUGAAAAGGCAUUCUCGCCGGAGCAGCAGGGCAAGGACGAGACACGGCGCGAGGGCGAGGAGAUUGACAGCCAGCUUCAGCAGGACGGCCUCCCGGCCGCGCCAACCGCGUCGAUGUAG